UUCUCAUCACUCUUCUCUCUCCCCACUUCCCGAACUGUAGCGAAGCGAAACGUAAACAAAUACGUUCCCAAACCAACCACGCACCCAAUGAAAUCGAGGGAAGGUUCACGGCACGCAGCUCCCCACCACUAACCGCACUCGAUCGACGCCACCGCCCCGCUAUGCUCCAGCUCCAGCCCCCUCGCUUCCUGCCCCUCCCGCGCCGCCGCCUCGCCGGCCGCCGGCGUCGCGCCCGGCCAACGCUCGCCCUCAAUUCCAAGUGGAAGCUCCCCGACGUGGACACAGAUGCGGUGCGGGGGCGGGUGCGGUCGUGGAUGUCCCUGGCGCGGGGCGCGAUCGCCGACGCGGCGCACGCGGCGCGGGAGAGAGCGAAGCACAAGGAGGACCCGGAGGAUGGGAAGAAGAAGCAGCGGAAGGAGGUGGCGGUGGAGGAGCAGGCGCUCGUGGCCGUGCCGGAGGUCACCGUGGAGUUGCGGGUGGCUCAGGGGUGGCUUUCGCUGGACGCCGUCGUCUCCAUCGAACAGUUCGCCAGGUUGAAUGGGCUGACGGGGAGACAGGUGCAGAGGAUAUUUGAAGCACUUGCUCCCGAACAUCUGCACAAUGAUGCUCGAAGCCUGGUUGAGUAUAGUUGCUUUCGGUACUUGUCACGAGAUAACUCUGACUUUCAUCCAAACUUAAAGGAGCUUGCCUUUCAAAAGCUUGUCUUUGUGACUAUGCUUGCUUGGGAAGAUCCAUAUAAUGAAGUUGACGGUCCACUUUCUUCGCUAGACAACUAUUCUGUACUGGGAAAACUUGUUGGAGAAGAUGCCUUUGUCCGAAUUGCUCCUGCUAUUGCAGGUGUUGCUGAUGCUUCAACAGCUCACUAUCUCUUUAGGGCUCUUGUUGGUGCAGAAAAGGGACUUUCAUUUGAUCUGUGGACAACAUAUCUUGCUGAACUUUUGAAGGUUCAUCAUGGCAGGCAGACACAUAAAAUGGGAGAUAUUUUUUUGUCUGAUGAGCAAGUUCUAUGCAUAGGCUCUAGUAAAAAAAGACCUGUUCUAAAAUGGGAAGAAAACACUGCAUGGCCUGGAAACCUUACCUUGACAGACAAGGCACUAUAUUUUGAGGCCAUUGGACUGUCAGGUACCAAGAAACCAAUGAGGCUUGACCUUACAGAUCGGAAUUCAAGGGUUGAAAAGGCGAAGGUUGGACCAUUUGGAUCCAAACUGUUUGAUUCUGCUGUCUCAGUUUCUUCUGGUUCAACGUCAGAUGAAUGGACACUAGAAUUUGUUGAUUUUAGUGGUGAGAUGAGACGAGAAGUAUGGCUUGCCUUCAUCAGUGAAAUGAUUUCAGUUUAUAGAUUCAUUCGUGAAUAUGGUCCGGGUGAUAAUGAUCCAGCAAUUCAUCAUGUAUAUGGUGCCCACAAAGGCAAGAAAAGAGCUGUUAGCAGUGCAGCAAACAGUAUUGCAAGGCUUCAGUCUCUGCAGUUCAUACGGAGAUUGCAUGAGGAUCCAGCUAAGCUAGUGCAGUUCUCUUAUUUGUCCAAUGCACCAUUUGGUGAUGUUGUUCUUCAGACACUAGCAGUGAAAUUUUGGGGUGGGCCUUUAAUCACAAAGGUCAAAUCUGCAAAUCACAGGUCACCUCAAUGGCAUAGAUCUUCAGAGGACCCAUCUAGUGGUCAUGCACAUGUUUAUGACAUAGAUGGUAGUGUGUACUUACGCAAGUGGAUGACAUCUCCCAGCUGGGCAUCCAGCCACUCAGCCAACUUUUGGAGAAAUUCUUCUGUCAAGCAUGGUGUAGUAUUGAGUAAAUCUUUAGUUGUAGCUGAUAAAAACCUUGUAGAAAAGGCAAUGAUUAACUGUAAAGAGAAGAGGAAAGUAGUUGAAAGGACACAGGCAACAAUAGUUGCUGCUACAAUUGAAGGUAUUCCAAGCAACAUUGACCUCUUCAAGGAACUUAUGCUUCCUUUUGUAAUAAUGGCUGAAAAAUUCAAGAAACUGCAACGCUGGGAGAACCCACGUUCGACCAUUUGUUUUCUACUAUUAGUUCAUACUGUUGUUUUCAGGAACAUGCUUUCUUAUGUAUUUCCAUUCACCCUGAUGAUGAUGGCCCUUUCCAUGCUUGCCGUGAAAGGGCUGAAAGAACAAGGCAGGCUAGGUAGAUCUUUCGGCAAAGUGACAAUUAGGGAUCAACCGCCGUCAAACACAAUUCAGAAGAUCCUAGCCCUUAAAGAAGCAAUGGCCUCCGUGGAAAAUUAUCUACAGAACCUGAAUGUCUCUCUUCUGAAAAUCCGCACAAUCUUUUUAGCUGGCCAACCUGAGGUGACGACACAGGUUGCGCUUGUUCUUCUAGCAUCCUCAGCCGUUCUUCUUGUUUUUCCGUUCAAAUAUGUUCUUGCAUUCUUUACGUUUGAUCUCUUCACAAGGGAGCUAGAAUUCCGGAGGGAAAUGGUUAGAGCCUUCAUGAACUUUUUGAAGGAACGGUGGGAAUCGAUACAUGCUGCCCCUGUGGUCGUGUUGCCAUAUGAGGGCGCCGAAAGCAGCCCCAAGCCACUCCCAUCGAAAGCUUCGGGGCAAUCAGAACCUCAGAAUGUGCAACGUGUUGGCAGCUACGUCACUUCAAAGAACGGCAUCAGCAAUUCAUGAUCCGUUCAGCUUUAAGGAUUGUGUUGUAAGUUUGUUUUGUACAGUUAUAACGUGUACAGAAUAUUUGAGAGGUCAGAUUAGGCAUAGCCCAUACCAAAAGGUGGAUUCUGCAGGAGCUCUUGGAGCAGUAUUUCACUACGUCGUAAUGAGUAACUAGACAACAGAUGGUAGCUGGUAGGAUUAAGAAAUUUUGUUCUAUUGUCGGUCUCCUUUUACCGGUCGAUGGCCUGAUAUUCUGUAAUGUCAAGUUGACAUAUGCGUGCUGAUAACCUUUUUGGAA